AUCAUGUGAGGGUAAACAUUAUGUAUUUGCUUGCAAAGGUUACUUUCUAGAUUAUUCACGAAUUCGUUAUGACCACAGCAGGGCCGGACCGUGAUCAUGAAGUUUAGAAGGUUGUUGCCUGUCGCCGUAAUUUCUGUGGCUGUUUCUGGGUUCCUGAUAUACCAUACACAGGUCAACACUGAUGCCAGACGGAAACUCGUAGAAGACAAACGUUCCUUGGAUGCCCGCCAGUGGGGUUCAGCUCACACUGAAGGUAACACCAGACAACAGGAAAAUAAAGUGACGGCCGGCAGCGCUUGCAGUCCGGAAAGAAAAUUCGUAUUCAUCAAAACCCACAAAACUGGGAGCUGCACUGCUGUAAACAUUUUACAGCGAUAUGUCCUCCACCACAACCUGGCGGUACUCAGUCCGAUAGGCGGCUGGGUCCUCGCCUGGCCCUUCCCUCCGGCCGAGGAGGAUUACGUCCAUACUCCAGACGAAAAGUAUGACGUCCUGAUUAACCACAUGGUAUACAAUAAGACAUGGCUGCGGACCAAGUUUCCACCUGACACAGCCUACAUAUCUAUCAUACGCGAGCCGAGCAGCCAUCUUAAGUCGGCCAUGUUUUACUAUUACCUUCCCCAACUGCUGAAGAUCACGUCUAAGAACCCCGUACAGACGUUUCUGCAGGACCCUUGGAAGUACAAGGACCUGUCUGAGGCUUACUUUGACUUCUGUCACGUGACCUGGGACGGCACGAGGAACCAUCAGGCGUUCGAUCUGGGCUAUCCCACUAAAGCAGCUGAGGACCUGGAACACGCUCGUAGAUACAUCAGCGAUCUAGAAGCGGACUUCACGUUAGUCUUGCUGCUAGAACACCUGGACGAGUCGCUGGUUCUCCUGCGGCGGCUGAUGUGCUGGGACCUGCGAGAGGUGCUGUACGAUGCGUCGCCCAAGAACAGCCGAAAUUAUGGGUGGGUAAUAGAUAGCCAAAUGCUAGGGUAUAAAUCGUACGUCCCCACCGCCGCGGAACUCGCCAACCUCCGCCAAUGGAAGGCCGUGGAUUACUUACUGUAUGACACGUUCAACGCCUCCUUGUGGAGGAAGAUUGCAGCACAGGGCCCUGACUUCCACGAGGAGCUCCGUUAUUUCAAAGACCUGAAGGAUCGAGUCAGCAGGUUCUGCCGUGGACGCCAGGAGGGCAGAGCCGACAUGAUCGUGACGGCGUCACGAUGGAACCCGCGGUUCGUAGUGGAUGCCGACUACUGUCAUGGCCUAAAGGCGUCGGCAGCAGAACUUUUCUCAACUAUACGAAAACGCCUGCCGGAGAAAAUGGACCACGACCGAACGCUCCGCAGGAUCAGCGUGAAUAUGCACGCCAUCGUGCGGGGGCAGCCCACUUUCAAGUACAACAGCCAGGCCCGCAGACACAAGAACUAG